GUACUCUGGGUAUGCAAUAUAUGUAGGAAGAAACAAGAGAUUCUUAUAAAGAGUGGGAAGUGGCUUGGCCCAGAAAAAGGGAAGUCGCCAGAUUCUGGAACUGAAACUGCUUCUCAAGUCAGUACUAAGGAGCAAGAAGCACAGAAACGAGUAAAUGCAGAUGGGUCAAGGGGAAGUGACAAGGAAAAUAUACCCAAAGGUGCUCAUCCACCACCAGGUCCUCGUGGCCGGGAAUUAAAGCGACAAUAUUCCAUGAACAAAGAUGAAACACGGCGAGAAAGAACAUUAGAUAAUCAAAUUUCACGAGAUAUGCGUGGUGUCCCUCGUCGACCUGAUCAUUGGAGGGGGUCACAUGGAGAUAUUAACACACAGCGGGAAUAUGACGAAAGAACUCGUAGUCAUCGAAGGUCAUCUUCCAGACAUCCUCCAGAUGAUGUACAUUAUUAUUCUGAUCAUUCUGAUAGGCAAUAUCCAAUAAACUCGAAGGAACGUAGUCGUGAUAGGUAUAGGCAUCCAGAUCGUUACCCUGAUGACAGGGGAAGGCGACUGGAUAAGGAUAGAUUUCCUCCGGAAAGAGGCAGGUCUUAUACACCAGACCGAGACAGACUUAGAUAUCCGGAUCAAGAUAGGUAUUCUGAUUCGGAGCGUGGCUAUGCAGAUGAAAGGGUUGAUGAUAGGAUAUAUACUGAUAAUGAACGAAGCUAUGCAGAACAACAUUCAAGACGAUAUGAUAGACAUUCAUCAGAUUUAGAAAAGGGUCGACGUCCUGUUGAAGGGAUGUCUGAAAGGCCUCCUUCUGCACACAGUGAUACACCUAAUUCUAGAUACCUUUCAGAGAGACGAUUGAGUGAUAGUGUGACACGAUCAGAUCCAGAUUUUAGGAGUAGUCGUGAUAGGGCAUCUAUGAGAAUGCAACAUGAACAACGGGAGAGAGAACAGAGGCAGCGUGAACCACAGGAGAAAGAGUUAGAAAGGCAGCGCGAAAUAGAAUUAGAAAGGCAGCGAGAAGUGGAAUUAGAACAUAAAAGACAGCUAGAAAUGGAGCAUCAACAAGAGCUUGAAAGGCAACAAGAAUUGGAAAGGCAAAGAGAACUUGAACGUCAGCGGCAGGUGGAGAUGGAACGACAAAGGCAGCUUGAGUUGGACCGUCAGAGACAAAUAGAAGCAGAACGCCAAAGACAAAUAGAAAUUGAUCAGUUUGCUCCAUCAACGGGACACACUCCAAGACCCUCCCAUAGACAUAGUAUAACAAUUAUAGAGGACGUUGAAAACCAAAAACGUAGUCCAACCCGACAACGGGAACUCGAGAGCAGGCCUCUUGAUAUAUCCCCGUAUAAACAACAUUUAGAUCCUAGUUCAGCAGCAGUGAAUAAAACGCGACGAACACCAUCCAGGAAAGCUGAUACAAUGAUACGAAAUGACUCGUUAAGCUCUGAUCAGUCAGAGUGUGUUAGACCACCCCCGCCAAAACCACACAAACAUAAGAAAGGAUCACGCAAAGCAAGACAGCUUUCAUUGAGUAGCUCAGAUGAAGAAAUCAGAUCAACACCAGAAUGCACAAGCUGUGAAGAUGUUGAAAUUGAAAGUGAAAGUGUCAGUGAGAAAGGCGAGCUAGAGAGUUAUGCCGAUAAGACUAAAGCCGUGAAACAAAGUGGCCAUCUUUCAGAAAGUGAAAUGUCGGCUGCUAAAAAGAAAAUAGUUCGCUUUGGGCGUGGUGAGGGUCGCUCUAUGGACGAAGACCUCGAAUGGUCUGAGCCACUAAUAAAAGAUUCUGGGGUGGAUACUAGCAGUAGUACUACAUUAAAUGAAGAGCAUAGUUUAACUGCCAAGCAUCCAGUUACUUGGCAACCAGAUCUUGACAACAACAGACUCAUUGGUCAUAUGAUUCUGAAAAAAGUGACUCAUGAUGGGACACAACCACGGGACUCAAGUGCAAUAUUAGGACUGAAGGUUGUUGGUGGAAAGAUGACAGAAAUUGGUAAAAAGGGAGCAUUUAUCACAAAAGUCAAAAAAGGCAGUAUAGCUGACACUGUGGGUCACCUGCGAGCAGGAGAUGAAGUGUUGGAAUGGAAUGGUAGAGAUCUUCAAGGUGCAACAUUUGAUGAAGUCUACAACAUUGUAUUAGAUUCUAAAGCAGAACCGCUAGUAGAGCUAGUGGUGGCAAGAGUCAUGGGUGAUAUUGGUCCUGGUAUUCCCACAAAACAGACUCGUGAUAUUAUAUCAAAGAGAGCAAGCCUCACAUCUAGUGGAUAUGACUCUGGCAAGAUGAAAGAAGAUGAGGAACCAUCCAAACCACGGCGGCCUUCAGUUACAAUUACAUCACCAGGUAGUCCUACACCUCCAAAUAAUAGAACCAAUGCGCACGCACAGAUACAGAUUAAAAUGUGGUAUGACAAUAGUUCACAGCAAUUUGUGGUGACAAUACUAAGUGCUAACAAUCUUCCAUUAAAAGAAACUGGGGAAAGAAGAAACCCAUAUGUAAAACUCUAUGUUCUGCCAGAUAGAAGUGAUAAAACGAAACGAAGAACCAAGACAGUUGCUAAGAGUAACAAUCCAAAAUGGAAUCAGACAUUUAUCUGGGCAUUAAAGAGAGACCACUUUGAUGGUUCUACACUGGAGACAACUGUCUGGGAUUAUGACAGGUUUGGUGUCAAUCAAUUCUUAGGAGAGGUUCUUAUUGACCUGGAUAAUGCCCGGAUAGAUGAUGAACCUCACUGGUUUGUUUUAAAUAACCAUAAUGAGAAGAUGACAUCACCAAACUCAGUAAGAAGAAUGAAAAAAUCAGCAGUCACCAAUUCACCACGACGGCCUAUUAACCAUCUCAGUGAAAGUGAAGGAUCUGAUAUUGAGUAUGAUGAUGCGAUUGGUGUAGUUACAGGUUCUGCUGUUGUAGGGGUUGGAGACGGAGCUAGUGUGUCAUCAUAUGGUAGCAGCUGUAGUCCUCCACUUGGUAAUGAUACUAGUCGACUUGGUAACGAUACAGUUCCUGUAGAACAGCUUAGACAUCAAAGAUUAGAGUUUGAAAAUGAUAGAAGGUUAUCCGAACGGCAUUCACCAUCACCACGAAGACGUUCAGGCACAGUUAUAGCCCCUCCAAGAGAAGAACUUCACUCAGAUCGGGUUCCAGCACAAUCAUUGACUGUUCCUGAUCAAGUACCAAGACAUCGUCCUCGGUCACCAUCUCCAAGUCGUAGACAGCGAGUACCUCCUGGGGGGUAUGAAAUUCAGCGAUCACGAUCACCCACACGGAGAUCAGACGUGGAGAGGGCAAGGUCACCUGCACGCAGGUCAGACAUACCAAGACCUGAAAAUCAUAGGAGAAGUCAAUCAGAAAUAAGAGGAGAGCGUGACAGAGAGCGUGAAUAUUUAGCUAUGAUUGGUAGAAUAUCGCCAACAGAUAUGAGGUCACCCGUUACAAGUUUACCAAAUUCACCAAAUAGACAUGCUAUGCAUUCACCAGUUAGAUCAUCACCAUCCUCAACACCAUCCACUCCAAGAAAACAUCGACAGCUACCACAACUACCUACACAGCAAGGAAAACAAGAUGGAGCUCAAGCAGAAUUAGAAGAGCGUGCACGGCAGAUGAGACUAAAGAUGAAAAUGAACCAGUACAAACAAGCAGCGUCAAAUACCCUCUCCCCCAAUCCAGGAAUGGUAUCUGAUAUUCAAAAAUCACGGAAUAGAAAACAAAGUCCUGACAACAUCUCACUCAAGUCCAGUGAUAGUAAUAUGUCUAGUAUGAGUGAUGUAUCCGUGGUAACACAGGCCAGUGAGACAUCUCGGAUUAGUACCAUAUCAACUCAGUCUCAAGUUAUGACAGGACACAGAAAAUUCAGGUAA